GUUAAAGUUUCGGGGAAUUGUUUAAGCGGUGCAACUAUAGUACUUCCGGUCCACAUGUAAACCCGCUGCGUGAUUUAUAUAAGUAUAAGACGUAUAUGUUAUACUAACUAUCGUUAAAUCAGUGGCAGUUGGUUUUCACAAUGAAGCUGCUCACGCACAAUAUGUUGACAUCUCACGUGAAGGGAGUCGUUAAAGGAUACCCGCUGCUCAUCAAGGCCACCGAGGUGAAAGUGAAUGAGGUGGACUUUAACCCUCAGUUUGUCAGCCGCAUGAUCCCCAAACUGGAGUGGAGCGCUCUGGUCCAGGCUGCAGACGAGUUGGGUCAACGGGACGACCUGCCCGGUGAGCUCAUGCCGGAAUACGAGAAUAACGAAGAAUUCCUGAAGAAAGUCCACAGAGUGCUGCUGGAGGUGGAGGUGAUCGAGGGCGUCCUGCAGUGCCCUGAAUCAGGACGAGAGUUCCCCAUCUCCAGAGGAAUCCCCAACAUGCUGCUGAACGACGACGAGGUGUAGAUGGCGGCUUCGCGGCGCCAACAGUUGUCACACGCAACCUCUCCCCACGCCGUCACUCAGAUGGGAUUAUGGGUAUUCAUAGAGGAGAGAGAGAUGUUGGACUUAAAUUGGUGCCAUGGGAACCACACAUUGUUUGAUUGUUGUUAUGACUGAUGCUGCCAAUCGAGGAAAAAUAUGGAAAUGUUCCCAUAGCAACCCCCUGUGGUUUUAUCUGGAUUUAUAUUUCUUACGUUUUAUGUUUUCUUUUCUUUUUCAAUAAAACUGAUGUCUAUGAGA